CGCCCUGCAGCGGCCGUCAGUGCCCGCGGGCCGCCCGCUGCCCCCGGGGCCCGCCGUGCCGGGCCGUGCCGGGCCGUGCCGGGCCGUGCCAGGCGCCGCGGGGACCCGGCCGGGCUGGCCGGCAUGGCGGGGCCAUGACUUGGCAGUGGACCGGAAGCCACAGUGUCACAGUGAGCUGGCCAAGUGACGCAGGGCCAGGAGGCUUUGGGGACAGCGGUGCUUUGGGGACUGGGACCCCUUAGGGACGCAGCCCCUUGGAGGGGGGAUGUGGCAGCUCGGGGUCCUCAUCCCCCUCCUUGGAGCGGGUGCCCUGCGGGUGACCCAGGAGCCGGGCGAGCUGCAGGUGACCGCGGGUGACACGGUGGCCCUGGAGUGCCGGGUGGCCCUGGAGGUGGCCGAGGGCGCGGCCCUGCUGCGGAUGGAGUGGCUGAGGGACAGGGGGCUCGGGGUGCUCUGUGCCACCCGCCUGAACUUCAGCAUCCCCCUGUCCCUGUCCCCGUGUCCCCGCCGGGCCCCGGGGGCACAGCUGGCCUGGCACCCCCCCCGGGCCACCCUCAGCCUCCCGCAGGUGCAGAGGAACGACAGCGGGCGCUACCUGUGCCGGGUGACCCUCGAGAUCCCGCGGCACGACACCGCCACCGGCAACGGCACCGAGCUCCGCGUCACCCCCGCAGCACUCGGAGGACAUCGGACAGCGCUGCUCUGGGCACUCCUGGGGGGCCUGGGGAGCCUGGGGGGCACCGCCCUUCUCCUGGGGAUGGCCCUGCUCGUCCCCCGCUGCUGUCACAGGAGCCCAGGCGCUGUGCACCCCGACUCGGCCAUCUACCUGAACGUGGGCUCCACCUGGGCUCGGGGCCCCGCGAAGCCGCCGCCCCCCGCGCCGGAGAUCAGCCCGUACCAGCGGGAGCCGCGGCGGGCACGGGGCCCAUCCCCGCCCCCCCGGCCCUGAGGGUGCCCGCUGCUCCUCACACCCUCCCCCGGCUCUGCUCUUCCUCAGGAAACCCCCCAAAAACGGUGUUUGGCAGCAUCCUGUCA